AUGACCACCCUCCACAACACGAAACGGGGACGACCACCUAUGAACAACGACAACUGCACACCCUCAAAAUCCCUGAAGGAUGAGGAGAGCCCACCUCAAUCACUCACGAACAACGAUCGCCCAUCACACAAAAUGUGCAGGACUGCCCACAAACAACCUGCCAACAACAUGGAACAUCCACCCCAAUCACCCAGUCUGACUUUCCGAUCCUCGCAAGGCUGCACGGCAGUGUCAAUUGACACUUGCACUGCUCUUGAUAUUGUUCUUUCAUGGCCCCCUGACCCCUACAAAGACUGGUCUAGACCAGUUACAAACCGGUUAAGACCAGAACUGGUUAAAACCGGUCUUGUAACCGCAAAAGACCACAAAAGACUGGUCUGUUGCAGUUCGGUCCAGUUUUUUGAAGUUUCUCGAAUUGGGAGGACCGGUUACGGUUACGGUCUAAGGCACUGGGCACCAAAAGACCGGACCGGACCAGACUUUCAAACACUAAUCAGCAUGUGGUAUUGGUUCAAAGAUAUCCUUGUAUUCAGUUUUUAA